ACAUUCUUCAUUUCUUCCUCUUUCUCUUUCCCUUUUCUCUGUUUCUUUCUUUUAUCAAACAACGAAACACACCCACUUCCCUCUUUCUUCUUUCCCUCAGAUCCAGCUCUCUCUCUCUCUUUCCUUACCCUCUUCAAGUUUUUCAUUAAUUUCCGGGUUUCUGCACCCUCUUUGAAAGCUCAGAAAUGGAAUCAAGUUAUGUAAAGAACACUGAGGAUUUCGUGUUUUUCAGUUCUGUUUUUAUGUUUAAUCCGGUUUUUGCUUUAAUCAAUAAUCCAUUCCUUUUCCUUUUCUCUCUUCUGCUUUUCUCUGCUUUUCUCAUUGUUUGGAAAUUGAAUGUCAAGUAUUUGCAUUUCUAAUGAGGGGUCUUAAGCUCAGAAUGUUCUUUUUCUUCAACUUAAUGUGUUUUUGGCCUGUAUGUUGUUAUUAGUUCAGGCGGUGGAUUAAAGUUUUUUUUUUUUUUUUUUUUUUUGCUGGGGUUGGUGGAUUUUCAACUUAACUUCACUCCACUUUUUUCUGCAAAUCAAUAUUUUAUUUUCUUCAGGAAUAUCUAAAUCUUGAUCUCUCAAUGUCUACAAUUUGCAUAUUCAUUUUUUCGUUGACACUAUACAUAUGGACUUGUUCUUCUACUGCGUAAGGAAGUUUGAGCUGGAUUGAAGUUUCAGAUUUUUUAUGGCUUUUGAAUAUCGUGAAUUUUUUUGUAGCCUAUUGAGAUAAAGAUAUUAUCCAUAAUGCAAGUGCGUUCUGUUAUUCACUGAAUAUAUAUUUUUUCAACUCAAACAGUUUAGGGCUCUGUAUUCAGGUGAACAAAUUAUUAGCUCACGUUGUUCACUAAUUGUUCAAUCAGAAAUGCUAAUUGUUCACUAAGAAAUGGCAUUGUCAAUAUUAACUUGUAUUCUAUUGCUGAUCAUGAAACUGAUGUAGCCUGUACCACUUUACAGUUUCUUGAAAAGAAUGGCGUAUCAUGUUUCGUGAUGCAAGGUUUUCAGCAUAAUGAAGCAAAGCUAUUAUAGUUUAUAAGAACGUAGAGUGCUUCUAUUUCAGAAGAGUAGAGUAAUUGGGAUAUGUGGAGGAGCCAAUCGUUUUAGCAUGUUUUCUCAAACUUGAAGUUUUAGAAAUUGGAAGCAAUAUUUUAUGAGAAAAAUAUUAUGGAGGAAAUUCAGUCUCAAUCAGAUAAUUAUAGGUCUUCAUCAUCUUCAGCGAGUAGUCCAGUGAGUAGAGUACCUUCAAGUAACUUCUUUUACUUGCGGAAACCUGGUUCACUUCGACAGCCUAUCUCUUUUGAGGAUUCACCUGACUGGGAGGAAACAGAUAUUGAUGUGAGGAUUGAGGAAGGGGGUGACUCCAUCAAUGCUGCAACCACCCCUGCUUCACCCUCUCUCUCAAAACUUAACAGUUGUUCUUUGCCGUCCCCUCCAUUACCUGAGGGUGCAGGUGUUGGAAGAAAAAUUUCUGGGGCAUACAUUGCAUGGAAAGAUUUGACUGUAACGAUAAAGGGGAAAAGGAAGUAUUCUGACAAGGUUGUGAAAAGUUCCAAUGGUUAUGCAUUGCCUGGAACUAUGACAGUAAUCAUGGGUCCAGCAAAAUCAGGGAAGUCUACGCUGCUAAGGGCACUUGCAGGAAGAUUACAUCGUUCAGCAAAAAUGUAUGGUGAAUUAUUUGUUAAUGGAACAAAAUCGCGCAUGCCGUAUGGGUCAUAUGGUUUUGUUGAGAAAGAGACGACAUUGAUUGGUUCCCUCACGGUCCGGGAGUUUCUUUUCUACUCGGCAUUGCUUCAACUGCCUGGUUUCUUUUUUCAGAAAAAGAAUGUGGUAGAGGAUGCCAUCCAUGCAAUGUCAUUAAGUGAUUAUGCAAAUAAGCUAAUUGGAGGCCACUGCUAUAUGAAGGGCCUUCCCAAUGGUGAGAGAAGACGUGUUAGCAUUGCUAGAGAACUUGUUAUGAGACCACAAAUACUAUUCAUCGAUGAGCCACUUUAUCACCUUGACAGUGUCUCUGCACUCUUAAUGAUGGUCACGUUGAAAAAACUUGCAAGUACCGGAUGUACUCUUGUUUUUACCAUCAACCAGAGCAGCACAGAAGUAUUCGGCCUUUUUGAUCGGAUUUGUUUGCUUUCAAAUGGAAAUACUCUGUUUUUUGGAGAAACAUUGGCUUGCUUGCAGCAUUUUGCUAAUGCUGGAUUUCCUUGUCCAAUCAUGCAAAGUCCUUCUGAUCACUUCUUACGAGCAAUAAAUACAGAUUUUGAUAGAAUCAUUGCAAUGUGCAAGAAUUGGCAGGAUGACCAAGGGGAGUUUUCAUCUGUGAAUAUGGAUACUGCUGUCGCAAUCCGUACACUUGAAGCGACAUACAAAUCAUCAGCAGAUGCUGCUGCAGUUGAAACUAUGAUACUAAGACUAACGGAUAAGGAAGGUCCAUCUCUUAAAAGCAAAGGAAAAGCGAGUAAUUUAACGAGGAUUGCAGUUUUGACUUGGAGGUCUCUAUUGGUUAUGUCAAGGGAAUGGAAAUAUUAUUGGCUUAGGCUUAUUCUUUAUAUGCUACUUGCAGUCUGUAUUGGUACAGUGUUCUCUGGGUUAGGACAUUCUUUGUCUUCAGUUGUGACAAGAGUUGCAGCAGUUUUUGUAUUUGUUUCAUUCACUUCUCUUCUAAGUGUUGCUGGAGUACCUGCGCUCAUGAGGGAAGUUAAGAUAUAUAAUAGUGAAGAAUCAAAUUAUCAUUCUGGCGCAUUUGUCUUCCUACUCGGGCAACUUCUCUCCAGCAUACCCUUCCUUUUCCUCAUUUCCAUUUCUUCAAGUCUCGUCUUCUAUUUCCUAAUAGGACUCCGUGACGAAUUCAAAUUGUUGAUGUACUUCGUGCUAAACUUCUUUAUGUGCCUCUUAGUAAAUGAAGGGCUGAUACUGGUUAUGGCCUCGUUAUGGAGAAACAUCUUCUGGAUUGUUUUGACACUUGUAUCUGCACAUGUCCUAAUGAUGCUCUCAGCAGGUUAUUUUCGAAUUCGAAAUGCUUUGCCGGGUCCUGUCUGGACAUAUCCAUUAUCUUAUAUUGCUUUCCACACCUACUCCAUCCAGGGGCUAUUGGAGAAUGAGUACCUUGGGAGUUCCUUUGCAGUUGGUGAAGUAAGAAACAUAACUGGUUACCAGGCUCUCCAUAGUGCAUAUGAAAUCUCUUCUAAUACUCACUCCAAAUGGAAGAAUUUGUUGGUGUUGUUUCUCAUGGUAGUAGCCUACCGCAUCAUAGUUUUUAUUCUUUUACGUUUUCGUGUGGGUAAAUUUAUGAGUUUGCGUAAAGGUUUUCGUUGUAAUCGGGAUAUAAAAGAUUGAAAAAUGUGAUUUGAUACUAGUAUAGGUUUUUUUUUUAGAUGUUUACAAACACUAUUUUUGUUGUGCACAUUCAAGGAAUGAUGCAAGUUAGUUUAUUCUAUUCAUUUUGUUUGCAAAUUGCAAGCC